AUGGCUCCACCCACUCCCGUGUACGACAGGUUUGACAUCCUCACCCGAUACGGCGAGAAACUUGAUAACCCUGACAAGUACCAGUGCCUGUUGAAGUCGCUAGUUCAAAGUGAAUGUACCUUCAAACUCUCUAACCCCGGCCUACCCCCCGAAGUCAUAUGCCUCCCGUUCAAAAGGUUGUUCCAGCGGUGUUUAGUUCCGACAACCAUAGUCCAGGAUGGUAAAAGAAUCAAGGCUGAUAAAUGGGUCAACAUUGAAGUGACUCAUGAGCACACAAAUCGAGGCCUUUUCCAUGAUCCGAAGUACGACUCGAACGUCAAGAAAUUUUUGCAAGCGGAAAAGGACUUGAGCCGAAUGCUACAAGAUGAAUAA